GCCAUGUCCACUUCUUCCAUUGGCCCCCAAUCCCUCGCGCUCCCAAGUUCCUCGAGCUACAAACUCGCGUCCGGUUUUCCCGCCACUGGAGGGGGCGCCUCCUCCCUGGCUUUGAGUGGAUGAAAGGCCAACGCUAGGCCACGCCCUCUCCCUGGCUCUGGCUGUGCUCCCCGCCUGCUUUGCUAAGCCGCCCCCAUCUCGGAGUUCCUCCAGGAACCCGGCUUCCCAGCCCCGCCCAGUCUUCGCGCAGCCCUCACCAGGGGGCGCCGCACAGCCUCCCGCCGCCCGCCGCCGCCAGUCUAGCACACACCCCCUCCGCCCCGCGCGCCCGCGGUUCCUAGCCUACGACGCCUCAGCUAGAGCCCGCGGGGCUGCGCCGACUCUUACUCUGGAGGGGCUGGGGGUACUGAUGGCCACAGAGGGCUCUAGGAGGCCAAGCGUGUAAGCGAGGUGGGCACUAUGGAGGCGGAGCAGGGGCCGGCGGCGGCGGGGGCCAGCGAAGGGGCGACCCCUGGGCUGGAGGCGGUGCCUCCCGCUGCUCCCCCGCCUGCGACCGCGACCUCAGGUCCGAUCCCCGGGUCUGGGCCUGAGCCUAAGAGGAGGCACCUCGGGACGCUGCUCCAGCCCACGGUCAACAAGUUCUCCCUUCGAGUGUUCGGCAGCCACAAAGCAGUGGAAAUCGAGCAGGAACGGGUGAAGUCUGCGGGGGCCUGGAUCAUCCACCCCUACAGCGAUUUCCGGUUUUACUGGGACCUGAUCAUGCUGCUGCUGAUGGUGGGGAAUCUCAUCGUCCUGCCUGUGGGCAUCACCUUCUUCAAGGAGGAGAACUCCCCACCUUGGAUUGUCUUCAACGUAUUGUCUGACACUUUCUUCCUACUGGAUCUGGUGCUGAACUUCCGAACGGGCAUUGUGGUGGAGGAGGGUGCUGAGAUCCUGCUAGCACCGGAAGCCAUCCGCACACGCUACCUGCGAACCUGGUUCCUGGUUGACCUCAUCUCUUCUAUCCCUGUGGAUUACAUCUUCCUGGUGGUGGAGCUGGAGCCACGGUUGGAUGCUGAGGUCUACAAAACGGCACGGGCCCUACGCAUCGUUCGCUUCACCAAGAUCCUCAGCCUGCUGCGGCUGCUCCGCCUCUCCCGCCUCAUCCGCUACAUACACCAGUGGGAGGAGAUCUUUCACAUGACCUAUGACCUGGCCAGUGCUGUGGUUCGCAUCUUCAACCUCAUUGGGAUGAUGCUGCUGCUAUGUCACUGGGAUGGCUGUCUGCAGUUCCUGGUCCCCAUGCUGCAGGACUUCCCUCCCGACUGCUGGGUCUCCAUCAACCACAUGGUGAACCACUCGUGGGGCCGCCAGUAUUCCCAUGCCCUGUUCAAGGCCAUGAGCCAUAUGCUGUGCAUAGGCUAUGGGCAGCAGGCACCUGUAGGCAUGCCGGACGUCUGGCUCACCAUGCUCAGCAUGAUUGUGGGUGCCACGUGCUACGCCAUGUUCAUCGGCCACGCCACUGCACUCAUCCAGUCCCUGGACUCUUCCCGGCGUCAGUACCAGGAGAAGUACAAGCAGGUGGAGCAGUACAUGUCCUUCCACAAGCUGCCAGCAGACACACGGCAGCGCAUCCAUGAGUACUAUGAGCACCGCUACCAGGGCAAGAUGUUCGAGGAGGAAAGCAUCCUGGGCGAGCUGAGCGAGCCACUUCGGGAGGAGAUCAUUAAUUUCACCUGUCGGGGCCUGGUGGCCCACAUGCCACUGUUUGCUCACGCCGACCCCAGCUUCGUCACUGCAGUCCUCACCAAGCUGCGCUUUGAGGUCUUCCAGCCGGGGGACCUGGUGGUGCGUGAGGGCUCCGUGGGCAGGAAGAUGUACUUCAUCCAGCAUGGGCUGCUCAGUGUGCUGGCCCGCGGCGCCCAGGACACACGCCUCACCGAUGGAUCCUACUUUGGGGAGAUCUGCCUGCUAACUAGGGGCCGGCGCACAGCCAGUGUUCGGGCCGACACCUACUGCCGCCUCUACUCACUCAGUGUGGACCAUUUCAACGCUGUGCUUGAGGAGUUCCCCAUGAUGCGCCGGGCCUUUGAGACUGUGGCCAUGGAUCGGCUGCGCCGCAUCGGCAAGAAGAAUUCCAUACUGCAGCGGAAGCGCUCCGAGCCAAGUCCAGGCAGCAGCGGUGGCAUCAUGGAGCAGCACUUGGUGCAACAUGACAGAGACAUGGCUCGGGGUGUUAGGGGCCUGGCUCCCAGCACAGGAGCUCGGCUCAGUGGAAAGCCAGUACUGUGGGAGCCACUGGUGCAUGUGCCCCUUCAGGCAGCCGCUGUGACCUCCAAUGUGGCCAUUGCCCUGACUCACCAGCGGGGCCCUCUGCCUCUCUCCCCUGACUCUCCGGCCAUCCUCCUUGCUCGCUCUGCUCGGCGCUCAGCAGGCUCUCCAGCCUCCCCGCUGGUGCCAGUCCGAGCCGGCCCAUGGGCGUCCACCUCCCGCCUGCCUGCCCCACCUGCCCGAACCUUGCAUGCCAGCCUAUCCCGGGCAGGGCGCUCCCAGGUCUCCCUGCUGGGUCCCCCUCCAGGAGGAGGUGGACGGCGGCUAGGACCUCGGGGCCGCCCACUCUCAGCCUCCCAACCCUCUCUGCCUCAGCGGGCAACAGGCGAUGGCUCUCCUGGGCGUAAGGGCUCAGGAAGUGAGCGGCUGCCUCCCUCAGGGCUCCUGGCCAAGCCUCCAAGGACAGCCCAGCCCCCCAGGCCACCAGUGCCUGAGCCAGCCACCCCUGGGGGUCCCCAGCUUUCUGCCAACAUGUAAAACCCUUGAGUAUAUCCAGCCUUAGUUCUUGGGGUUAGUGAGUAGUAUGUACCCAAAGGCAGAUACCUCCCCGGGAAGGCCAUGGGGACCUGAAACAUUGCCCUAUGGAAACGUCAGCCCUGUGCUGACAUUCCCCAUACUGCCAUGAAGAUGGUCUCUGUGUCCUCAGCUCAAGAAUCCGGUAGCUUGUCUGCCAUCAUAAUCCAUUCAUCGUGUGUACUGAGCAUCUACCAUGUCCCAAGUAAUAUGUCAGGCGCUGUAUGUCUCCACUGCCAAGUAGAAGUGACUCAGAACCUCUGACAAGGGUACUCCCUGGCUAUGGUCCUGCCAGGUGCAGGCCCAGGCCCAUGACCCUACCUUUACUAAGCACAAGUAUUUGCCACCACCAUCACUGCCAGGUAACUUAAUGUCUCUGUUUCCCUGCCAAUGAUCCUGCAGGUUCUGCCUGGCCUGGUUAUCUUCCUGUUCCUGUAGCAUAGCCAGGCACUGCCAAUCACCUGCGCCCCCAUUGUUGCCAGCAGAUGUCUUGGGUCCUAAGUGUGGGCAUCCACAUUUACCCGCUGCCACCUGUGGCACUCUGUGUCUCUACCCUCUGAUGGGAACACACUUCUAAGCUCCCUGCAGUCUGUCCUGUGGUAGAACUGUCUUUUUGUGAACUGAGAGCUGCCCCUUCCCUGUGCCCUCUGCUCCAGUGGUGCCCCCUAAAACUUAAGGGGUAGUUGGUACCUCAUUAAUAUGCCAGCCUAGAUCCUCCCCCCUCCCCGGUGGAGGGGCAAAUGGCUGAAUCCUUAUGUGAUAUUUUUUUCUUUGCUUAUUUAUUUAUUUCUAUUUAUUCACUUGCUAAUUUUAUUUGUUACCAAUUCAUUUUGUUUAUCCAUCCCUCCCUCCCCUCCUUUUCAGGUAAGGAGACAGGAGUAGCAGGAGGCAGGGCCUCUCCGUGCCAGCCUCUGUGGUCCCUGCCCAAACCCAUCAGCAGCAAUACCUGAACCUUCUCCCUAUCAGGUAGGGGCAGGAGGAACCAUGUGAGAGAGGGAGAAGGACUAUGUUUAUCUUUAGAGUUUUGUUUUGUUUUUUCCUUCUGAGUUUGCUGCUGGUACAGGAGUAAAGGGAAGGCCCAAGGAAUUCCAGCCUGGGAAAGGGCAGGCCAGCCAGCACCUCUGCCUUCUCAGGGACAAGAGUAGUCCUUUACCACACUCACUCUGUCCCCUCUCCUACUCUACAGCAUUAAAGACUGUGGGGCCAAGACCCUAAGUCUCCUUUCCUUCUGGGUGGGGAGUUCUGGGGUUCUUGGUGUGUGGGAGAAGUUUUAUAAUUGCUUCCAAACAGCUGGAUUUAAAUAUAAAAUAGAGACACUCA